AUGGCCGCGAUCGCGGCUGCUGAAGCAGCUACUUCGGCCACCGAAACCCGAAACCUGCGCGUCUUCGGUACGAUCCAGACGCUGGAUAGAGGGUACAUGCGACAUCAUCAUCAUGAUCUCUUGCUUUGGGACGAAACUGAGUGGCAGCUCGCGGGCCAGAUAGGUGCAAACGGAUACGUCAUGGCGCUCUGGAUCAUCCAUACGAAUGUGGUUAAUGGCGAAAGCAAUGGCUUGGGAGAGACGCCGACGCCGCCACGGCCCCAGAUGCGGCGCAUUGCCAACGUGCGCGGCCUCGCUGAUUGCAAGCGGGAUAUGCGCCUGCAAUGGACCGAGGGCAAGAUCCGCAUCCUCAGCAUUGCACCUGUUUAUGCGCUGUCGGCGCGCAAUGUCGAAGAAGAUGCGGCAGCCAAUGAGGCUGCAAUUCGAGUUAUGGACCCAAGUGAGUCGGAGACGGAUACAGAUACCGCGUCUGAAAUAGCUCCGGAAGAGGAUCAUGCUGCUGCUUCUGAUAACGACAAGGGAACUCAGACCGAAGACGCUGUCGAUGACCUUGCCGAGGACAAGCCUGUUAUUACUGAUACUGCUGUCGAUGCGGACGUCGAAGAUGGCCCCGCCGACGACUUAAACCGCUUCUUCCCUAUGCCGGGUCACUUCGCCCUCAUGUAUAACGGCUUUAGUUAA